GAGCAAGCGAACAGUUCAUUCGUUUCAGUUGUACACUCAGCACAGUUUUACUUUAUGAGCAUUUAUAUACAAAACUUCAAUGUUAUUCGCGUGUCUUUUAAUAAUAGCAAUAAUUAUUGCAUCGACGGUAUGGAUAGUCCUAGGUAGAAAGAAAAAUGUUACCAUCUUUCCUGGGCCAAAACCAUUUCCUGUUAUCGGGAAUAUACUAGAAUUCAUCAAUCAAUCAGAUAUAUUACCAAAAUGUGUACGGUUUAUGACAGAAUUUGGGGAAAACUUUACUUUACACCUAGGACCAAUAGUGUUUUUUCAAAUUUCCGAUCCGAAUUUAGUUGAAAAAUUAAUGAACACGCAGGAGUUCCACGAGAAGGCGGAAUUGUACAACUUUCUGAAAAGUUGGCUCGGCACGGGACUAUUAACUAGCUUAGGCGAAAAAUGGCAACGACAUAGAAAAAUAAUCACACCGACUUUCCACUUUCAAAUACUUGAAAAGUUUUUGGUUACCUUCGAUCUCAAGUCAUCAAUACUAGUCGAAAAAUUGAAAAAACAUUCUGAUCAGAUCGAUUUUGAUAUUUCACCGUACAUCUAUAAUUGUACACUGGACAUUAUUUGUGAAACUGCGAUGGGAAUUUCGAUGAACAUUCAAGAAAACUCCACAUCUUCAUAUGUUCAAGCCGUUAAAGAUAUGAGCAAUAUAUUUUUGAAUAGAAUACUCUCGCCUUUGAAACAAAUCGACAUUUUAUAUAAAUAUACUAGCGAUUAUUUAUUGGAGAAAAAGUCCUUGCAUAUUCUUCACACAACAACUGAGAAAGUAAUCUACGAGCGAAAGGCAUUAAUAGAUGAACAGUUUGAUUCUUUAGAAGGAAAAAAAGUCGCAUUUCUAGAUAUGUUAUUUAAUAAAGGACUAAGCUUCGAUGAUAUUAGAAACGAAGUGGACACUUUCAUGUUUGAGGGACAUGACACCACAGGAGUGGCACUUUCUUUCAUUGUAUAUUGCCUUUCAAUAAAUCCUGAUAUUCAAGAUAAAGUUUUUGAAGAACAACAGCAGAUUUACGAAAAAGAUCCGAAUAUAGAUUUAACUUACAACAUAUUACAAAGUAUGAACUAUUUGGAGAAAGUAAUUAAAGAAACGUUGAGGCUAUAUCCAUCGGUUCCGUUGUUCGCAAGGAAAAUUACAAGAGAUUUUCAUUUUCAUGACUUUGUAAUGAAAGAAGGCACUACUGCUAGUAUAUUCGCUUUCGGGAUGCAUCGAAAUCCCAAAUAUUUCCCGGAUCCUGAAAAGUUUGAUCCCGAACGUUUUAGUCCUGAAAACUGCAGGACGCGAUCUCCAUACGUAUACAUACCUUUCAGCGCAGGAUCACGAAAUUGCAUAGGGCAGAAGUUUGCUAUGUUGGAAAUGAAGACGUCCAUUUCCAGAUUGGUCUGGAAUUAUAAAUUUUUACCUUGUCCAGGUUUUAAACCUGAUUUAGUACCGGCAGCCGUAUUGAAAUCCUUAAAUGGUAUCCGCGUGAAAUUGGUCAAUAGACAUUCAUCCCCACUUCGUAGCGCAGAAGGAAGCGGUUACGCCUAUACACCAAAGGCGGCAGGCCUGAGAGGCAACACAGACUCACAGAAGGCGAGGAAUAAGUGUCAUGCCGAGGAAUUUUAUGUGGUCUACGCAUUUUAUAGGCGAUCCUCUGAGAAACAGUACGGGGUUCCUAUGAGGCCUUCUGAGACGGCAAAAGUGCAUUCAAGAUGUCUUUGCCUCAGAGAAUCGAAAACCUUUCUCUCCAGCCUCCUCCUCAACGAUGGUAAUCGAUCGUCGACAUACAGGCAGCAAUCAAUCGAUGGACCCAGUGAUCCCACUAGAUCAUUGAUGGCUAUUGCUAAUAACGCAACGCUCAACGUCGUACCCUGCAGAAUACCAUUUUGCAGUGUCUGCAGCUCAGAGAAAGACGAUCCAACGCGGACCCUGAAGAAUCGCCAUGAUAGAAAUGAUUCUAUGAACGUGGAUAAAUUGACUCUGAAACCCACUCAAAACAACGACUAUAUGCUUCUUUGGCAGGAAAGCGUCCUGAGCUGCAUUCUCGAGACGAACCAGGUGGUCGACCGUCGAGUGCCCGCUCCUAAAUCCUGCCUGGUGAUGUUAUUUACGUAUCAUUUAAUAAUAGCAAUAAUUAUUGCAUCGACGGUAUGGAUACUCCUAGGUAGAAAGAAAAAUGGUACCGCCUUUCCUGGACCAAAACCAUUUCCUGUUAUCGGAAAUAUAUUGGAAUUAAUCAAUCGGUCAGAAAUAUUAUCAAAAACCGUACAGUUUAUGCUGGAAUUUGGGGACAACUAUACUGUACAUCUAGGACCGAUGGUUAUUACUCAAAUCUGCGAUCCAAAUUUAGUGGAGAAAAUAGUGAACGCACAAGAGUUUAACGAGAAGGCGCAUUUAUAUAACUUUCUGCGAAGCUGGUUGGGCACGGGACUGUUAACUAGCACAGGUGAGAAAUGGCAACGGCAUCGAAAAAUAAUUACACCAACAUUUCACUUCCAAAUGCUGGAAAAGUUUUUGGUGAUUUUCGAACUCAAGUCCUUAAUACUAAUCGAAAAAUUGAAAAAACAUUCUGAUCAGAUCGAUUUUGAUAUUUCACCGUAUAUCUAUAAUUGUACACUGGACAUUAUUUGUGAAACUGCAAUGGGUAUUUCGAUGGACAUUCAAAAAAACUCCACAUCUUUAUAUGUUCAAUCUGUUAAAGAUAUGAGCAACAUAUUUUUGAAUAGAUUACUCUCGCCUAUUAAACAAAUCGACUUUUUAUAUAAAUGUACUAGCGAUUAUUUAUUGGAGAAAAAGUCAUUGGACAUUCUUCACACAACAACUGAAAACGUAAUCCACAAGCGAAAGGCAUUAAUAGAUAAACAACCUUUAAAUGAAAAAAAAGUCGCAUUUCUAGAUAUGCUAUUUAACAAAGGACUUAGCUUCGAUGAUAUUAAAAACGAAGUGGACACUUUCAUGUUUGAGGGACAUGACACCACAGGUGUGGCACUUUCUUUCAUUGUAUAUUGCCUUUCAAUAAAUCCUGAUAUUCAAAAUAAAGUUUUCGCAGAACAACAGCAGAUAUACGAAAACGAUCCGAAUAUAACUUUGACAUAUAACAUAUUACAAAGUAUGAACUAUUUGGAGAAAGUAAUUAAAGAAUCUAUGAGACUAUAUCCAUCAGUUCCGUUGUUCGCAAGGAAAGUUACCAGAGAUUUUCAUUUUAAUGAUUUUGUAAUGAAAGAAGGCACUACUGCUAGUAUAUUUGUCUUCGGGUUGCAUCGAAAUCCUAAACUCUUCCCGGAUCCUGAAAAGUUUGAUCCCGAACGUUUUAGCCCCGAAAAUUGCAGGAUGCGAUCUCCAUACGCGUAUAUACCAUUUAGUGCAGGAUCACGCAACUGUAUCGGACAGAAAUUUGCUAUGUUGGAGAUGAAAAUGACCAUUUCCAGAUUGAUCUGGAAUUAUAAAAUUUUACCUUGCCCAGGUUUUAAACCUGAUUUAAUACCUGCAGCCGUUCUGAAAUCAUUAAAUGGCGUCCGCGUGAAACUGGUCAAUAGACAAUAGAUUAUUAGUUGUUACAAAAAAUAUAUA